ACGAUAACCUUGUAGUAUAGAUUUUAGUAGAAAAAGCAGCUCCUAGUCCUAUGUCUAAUAGCGUUAACCAUAGUUAAAUAUUUUAAACCAAACCAUGGUUAAGUGUUUCAACUACAUAAGUAGCUUUGCCGGUGAAUUACCAAACAACAUCAAGAACCAAAAGAAAGAACUCUUUGGACGACAAAUGUGAUUUAUUAUUCAUUUGGAUUUAAAGAAGAUGAUGAUCGGAGAAACUCGCCGGACUUAUCCUACUGUUGAAAUACCUCCAUGGCCGGUUUCUGAAGAGCUUACGGCGUCGGAGUUUUUUUCUCCGGUGAUGAAUAGUCCAGAUUGUAGCAUGCUUGAAGCUUUGGCGGCGUUGCAGCGUUAUCUUCCGUCUAACGAACCGGAUCCAGAUUCUGACCCGGAUCUAUUGGGUCCGGAUUCACCAAUCGAUGCUUACUCAUGUGACCAUUUCCGUAUGUACGAUUUCAAAGUUCGGAGGUGUGCUCGUGGCCGGAGUCAUGAUUGGACGGAGUGUCCGUACGCUCAUCCCGGAGAAAAAGCUCGCCGGAGAGAUCCGAGGAAGUACCAUUACUCCGGUACGGCUUGUCCUGAUUUUCGCAAAGGUGGUUGCAAGAAAGGUGAUUCUUGUGAGUUCGCUCAUGGAGUUUUCGAGUGUUGGCUUCAUCCAGCUCGUUACCGUACUCAGCCGUGUAAAGACGGUGGUAACUGUCGCCGGAAAGUUUGUUUCUUUGCUCAUUCACCGGAUCAGUUGAGGUUUUUACCGAGUCGGAGCCCCGAUCGGGUUGAUUCGUUCGACGUUUCGUCUCCUAUUCGUGCUAGAGCGUUACAGCUCUCGAUUUCGCCGGUUUCUGGUUCGCCGCCGAUUAGUCCAAGAGCGGACUCGGAGUCUUCUCCGAUGACUCAGUCACUGAGUCGAUCUCUCGGGUCUUGUUCGAUAAACGACGUCGUUCCUUCGUUUAGGAACUUACAGUUUAAUAAGGUAAAAUCAUUUCCUCAUAACAAUCCUUUAUUCGGAUUCGGGUCGCCCCGUGGAUCGAUUUUGGGUCCUGGGUUUCAGUCUCUGCCUACGACACCGACCCGACCCGGAAAUCUGGAUAUUUGGGACUAUGGGUUAGAGGAAGAGCUUGUAAUGGAGCGGGUCGUUGAGUCGGGUCGUGAGCUACGAGAAAAGAUGCGCGAGAAACUACACAAGGAGAAUUGCAUGGAUCGGGUUGACCCGGAACCGGAUCAGAAGUCGGGUGAUGCUCCUGAUGUCGGGUGGGUUUCUGACCUGCUGAUGUAAAGAAUAAAACCCGACUCGUAUUUUGAAGUCUCAUUGGUUUUUUUGGGAUAUCUUCCGAGGAAAAGAGGAGAAGAGAUCUUAGUGUGUUCAUAUUAUUUUAUUUACUAAUUUCGUAUUUAUCUGCUAAUAAUAAUUAAAUAUGGAU